AAACUUUUUAUCGUGAUCUUUUUUUCAGGAUUUUUUUUUUUAUAAUUUAUUUUGCCGGCUUCAGAGAAGAACACCGUCGAUCGAAGGAGAUUUGCUGCUUCUUUGCGAGGAAACUGAUUUUCGACACUGAUGGCUUAUCCAAAUAUAUCAACAUCAAUAAUGCGUUCCAACUCCUCUGAGCAAAGAGAGCAUAUUGCAGAUUCAAGUACAAAUACAGUUACAGUUGAAGCUCCAGUGAACCAGCCAAGCCGAAGCGCCUCUGAUGGUCCUGUUGCUAUACUUUGGGAUAUCGAAAACUGCCCUGUCCCAAGUGAUGUUCGCCCUGAAGAUGUAGGUGGGAAUAUCAGAAUGGCUUUGAGGGUACAUCCUAUCAUCCAAGGAGCUGUUAUGAUGUUUUCUGCAUACGGGGACUUCAAUGCCUUUCCCAGGAGACUCCGAGAAGGUUGCCAGAGAACUGGUGUAAAACUCAUUGACGUUCCAAACGGAAGAAAGGAUGCUGCUGACAAGGCCAUUUUGGUUGACAUGUUUUUGUUUGCCUUGGACAACCCUCCCCCUUCUUCUAUCAUGCUGAUCUCUGGGGAUGUUGAUUUUGCUCCAGCACUUCAUAUACUUGGUCAACGGGGAUAUACUGUGAUUCUUGUUAUCCCUUCCGGGGUAGGGGUUUCAUCUGCUCUCUGCAAUGCUGGUAAAUUUGUAUGGGACUGGCCUAGCGUGGCUCGUGGGGAGGGCUUUGUUCCUCCUGCUAGAGCUUUAAUGCCCCCUCGUGCAGGACCAAGUGACAUUGCUGGGUAUUUCAUGGGUUGUCAUAUCAAUGAAAAUGUUCAAAAUGACGAAGAAGCUAUUGUUUACAGGGGGGUCUCACAAAGCUAUUACAACUCUAGAGAUUUGUCAAUAGUGUCCCACUUACUGUCCGAAUACAACAGUAGUUCUAUGAUGCCUUGUUAUCCUACAACUUCGAGUGCACAAAGUCUACCAUCUGGCAUGCAUGAAGUAUCAGCAGCGCCUCUUACAUCUGUUGAUCAGGGUGACUCGACUUCAUGGGUACAGCCUGGGGAUUUAAAUGGUCUGAAGGGGCAACUUAUAAAGUUACUUGAACUUUCAGGAGGAUGCCUGCCUCUUACCCGAGUUCCUUCUGACUACCAGAGAGCUUUUGGGAGGCCCCUUUACGUAUCAGAAUAUGGUGCAUUUAAGCUUGUAAAUCUUUUCAAGAAGAUGGGUGAUGCAAUAGUUGUGGAGGGUAGAGGGCAAAAGAAAUUUGUCUGCCUUCGAAACUGGAAAACAGGUCCAAGUGCGCCACCUGUGAUUUUACUCAGAAGGGAUAAUAGAAGAGGAAAGGAGACCCAGGAAGGGAGCUUAGAUGUUGUCACAGGUAAUGUCUCAUCGGACGAGUUGUCAGAUGAGGAAAGAGUAGUCAACAAUGAACUUGAUGAGAGAAGGAACCAAGGAAGGAAUUCGGUAACAAUUGGUCAGUGUGAAACUGAUGACCAAAUCCUUGAGCAGUUUAAAUACGAGCUGCAGGAUAUCCUGGUAAGCUAUUCUUGCCUGAUUUUCUUGGGUUGUUUCGAGGCUAUAUACGAGCAAAGGUACAAGAAAUCAUUAGACUAUCGGAGAUUCGGUGUGGAUCAGCUAGAGGAUCUGUUUGAGAAAGUAGGAGAUGUGGUGGAGUUGCAUGAAGAACCAGUGAGCAAGAAGAAGUUCCUAUCCGCAGUUGGUGGUUAGAAAAAGUCCGUGGGGCUGCCUGUUUCUUGUAAGUUGUGAUGUUUUUAAGUUACACUAGGCCAGGUUGAGUAAACUUAUGGUAACUCAGUCUCUCUCCCUGUGUCUGUUCCGUAUUUUUCGAAUUCUUUUACAAUGUUUUCUCAGAGGAUUAUAGAAGAGGCUAAGAGGCUGGGAGCACGUCUUUUUUUCGUUGUGAAUGUGUCCUGCAUGGAUAUGAACUUUUAUUAUAGUAAAUUUCCAUGCAAGACUCAUGACCAGUCACUGUAACUGAUCGCCUAAUACUGGGAGAUCUACAUGUAUAUUAACCCUGUGUUUUAUUUAUAUCUUUUCCUUGUAAUAAAAGUUCAGCAUCAGUGUUGACUUUACUGUGGGAUGUGUUCUUAACUAAGUACUGAUAUUAGCUUGAUC